GUCAAAGCGCUGAGGGUAAUUACGUCAAUUGCCAGGAGUGUUCCAAUGUAACCCUAAUAUAUAAAGUGUAGCUCUGAGUGUGUCCUUCCUUCCGCACCCAAAAACCCUAGCAGCAUUUCGUCUUUUGUCUCAUCCAUUGGUGAACAUGUCGAGGAGAAAGACCAGAGAGCCCAAGGAGGAAACCGUCACACUCGGACCUGCUGUUCGUGACGGAGAGCAAGUGUUCGGUGUUGUUCACAUCUUUGCUUCUUUCAAUGACACUUUCAUUCACGUUACUGAUCUGUCGGGAAGAGAAACUCUCGUCCGUAUCACCGGUGGGAUGAAGGUGAAGGCUGACCGUGAUGAGUCGUCUCCUUAUGCUGCUAUGCUUGCCGCUCAAGAUGUUGCUCAAAGAUGCAAGGAGCUUGGCAUUACUGCGAUGCACGUGAAGCUCCGUGCCACUGGAGGAAACAAAACAAAGACUCCAGGACCUGGUGCUCAGUCAGCUCUCAGAGCCCUUGCUCGUUCUGGCAUGAAGAUUGGUCGUAUUGAGGAUGUGACUCCGGUUCCCACCGACAGUACACGUAGAAAGGGUGGACGAAGAGGAAGAAGACUCUGAUUGCUCAAUGAGCCUCAUCAUCGUUCAGUUGUUGUGCCCUUAGUUUCUUGGGUACAAGUUAGUCUUGCCUCUCUCUCUCUCUCCGGUUUUUCUUUCAAGUUGCUUCGAGAACUUUUAUAAGCUUUUGCGAACUUCUUCAGCAUUGUAAACUUUUGCAUUUGGGAAUGAGAAAAAAAGUGACGUUGUGUUAUUGUUA